AUGGGACCCCUGUCGUCUGUGCUCUACGUGGUACUCAUUUGCAUCUGGCUGCCCCACGAGGAGCAGGCUGUGAAGUCCUGGCGGGUCCAGCGUCAGGCUGCAGCACCCACACUGUGGGCCAGUGCAGAGCUGGAGCCCCAGCCAACACCAGAAACCAGUCACAGCUACCAGGAGGCGACCCUGGCCCUAGAGGAUGCCACAACAAUGAUGAGAAGCCAGGAGACUGAAGGCCUGGACUCUGUGGUCAUGUCUUCCUGGGAAAGGCGGCUCCAUCGGGCAAAAUGUGCACCAUCUUACUUGUUCUCCUGCUUCAAUGGGGGUGAAUGUGUGUACCCGGCCUUCUGUGACUGCAGACGCUUCAAUGCUACUGGCCCACGCUGCCAAAUGGUGUACAACGCCGGGCUGGAGCGGGACAGCAUCUGCCGCGCAUGGGGGCAGCACCACGUGGAGACCUUUGACGGCCUCUACUACUACCUCUCUGGAAAGGGCAGCUACACGCUGGUGGGGCACCACGAAGCCGAGGGCCAGAGCUUCUCUAUCCAGGUGCAUAAUGACCCACAGUGUGGCUCUGCCCACUACGUCUGCUCAAGAUCUGUCAGCCUCUUCCUUGCUGGUGAGCAGGAGAUUCGUCUGGCCAAGGAAGUCACCCAUGGAGGUGUGAGAGUCCAACUGCCACAUGUGAUGGGAGGCGUGCAUCUGCAGCAGCUGGCUGGUUAUGUCAUUGUGCGACAUCGGUCAGCCUUCACACUGGCUUGGGAUGGUGCCUCGGCUGUCUACAUCAAGAUGAGCCCAGAGUUCCUGGGCUGGACCCAUGGGCUGUGUGGAAACAACAAUGCUGACCCACAGGAUGACCUGGUAACCAGCUACGGGAAGCUGACAGAUGAUGUGACUGAGUUUGUGCACAGCUGGCAGGAACAGCCUCCCAACCACUCUCCAGGGCCUGUAACUUCUUCUCUGCCUCGCCCACCAUGCCUGCAGCAGAGCCUGGGAACCAUGCAGGGUGUGUAUGAGCGAUGUGAGGCACUGCUGAGGCCACCCUUCGAUGCCUGCCAUGCCUAUGUCAGCCCUCUGCCCUUCACAGCCAGCUGUACCAGUGAUCUAUGCCAAUCAGGAAGUGAUGAAGCCACGUGGUGCCGAGCACUGACAGAGUAUGCUCGGGCAUGUGCACAGGCUGGGCGGCCCCUGCAGGGCUGGAGGGCCAAGCUCCGACAAUGCACUGUGCACUGUAAAGAGAAGGCUUUUACCUACAAUGAGUGCAUCGCCUGCUGCCCUGCCUCCUGCCAGUCCCGGGUGUCCUGCGUGGACAGCGAGAUCGCCUGUGUGGAUGGCUGCUACUGUCCCAACGGGAUGAUCUUUGAAGAUGGGAGCUGCGUGGCACCAGCUGAGUGUCCCUGUGAGUUCCAUGGGGCGCUGUACCCGCCUGGCUCUGUGGUGAAGGAAGACUGCAAUGCCUGCACCUGCUCUGCUGGCAAAUGGGUGUGCAGCACAGCUGUUUGCCCAGCGGAAUGCUCAGUGACUGGUGACAUCCACUUCACAACCUUUGAUGGGCGUCGGUACACAUUUCCUGCCACAUGUCAGUACAUCCUGGCCAAGAGCCGUUCCUCGGGCACCUUCACAGUGACACUGCAGAAUGCCCCAUGUGGUCUGAAUCAAGAUGGAGCCUGUGUCCAGUCAGUGUCAGUCAUUCUGCACCAAGAUCCUCGGAGGCAGGUGACCCUGACCCAGGCAGGGGACAUCCUUCUUUUUGACCAGUACAAGAUCACCCCACCCUACACAGACGAUGCUUUCGAGAUCCGGAAGCUGUCCUCUGUGUUCCUACGGGUGAGGACCAACGUGGGUGUGCGGGUGCUCUAUGACCGGGAAGGGUUGCGGCUCUACCUGCAGGUAGACCAGCGAUGGGUGGAGGACACCGUGGGCCUCUGUGGCACCUUCAAUGGCAACACACAGGACGACUUCCUGUCCCCAGUGGGUGUGCCUGAGAACACCCCACAACUCUUUGGCAACUCUUGGAAAACACUAUCUGCCUGUUCCCCCUUGGCCCCCAGCUCCUUGCUGGACCCCUGUGACAUGCACCUGCAAGCUGCCUCUUACGCACUGCAGUCCUGCAGUGUACUCACAGGGGAGCUGUUUGCGCCCUGCUCCGCCUACCUGAGUCCUGUGCCCUACUUCGAGCAGUGCCGUCGGGAUGCCUGCCGCUGUGGGCAGCCUUGCCUGUGUGCCACGCUGGCCCACUAUGCCCGCCUAUGCCAGCGCCACGGGCUCCCAGUGGACUUCCGUGCUCACCUGCCAGCAUGUGCACUGUCCUGUGAGGCCACCAAGGAGUACAGCCCUUGUGUGGCCCCAUGUGGACAAACCUGCCAGGAUCUGGCCAGUCCUGAACCCUGUAGGGUUGAUGGUGGUGACAGCUUUCAUAGGGACGAGUGUGUGGAAGGAUGCACCUGCCCACCAGACAUGUAUCUGGACAUGAAAGCGGACCUUUGUGUCCCCAGGAACAAGUGUUCCUGCCACUUUCAAGGAGUGGACUAUCCUCCAGGGGACAGUGACCUCCCAUCUUUGGGCCAUUGCCACUGCAAAGAUGGUGUCAUGAGCUGUGACAGCAGAGUCCCAGCUGUGGCUUGCCCAGCAGGCCAGGUCUUUGUGAACUGCAGUGACCUGCACACAGACCCAGAGCUGAGCAGGGAGCGGACGUGUGAGCAGCAGCUGCUGAACUUGAGCGUGUCAGCCCGCAACCCCUGCCUGUCAGGCUGCGCCUGUCCCCAGGGCCUGCUUAGACAUGGGGACAUGUGUUUUCCACCAGAGGAGUGUCCUUGCACUUGGAAGGGGAAGGAGUAUUUCCCUGGGGACCAGGUGAUGUCACCCUGCCAUACUUGUGUGUGCCAGCGGGGCUCGUUCCUCUGUACCCUGUACCCCUGUGCUUCGACCUGCACGGCCUAUGGUGACCGGCAUUACCGCACAUUUGAUGGGCUCCCAUUUGACUUCGUGGGUGCCUGCAAAGUACAUUUGGUCAAGAGCACAUCCAAUUUCAGCUUCUCUGUGAUUGUAGAAAAUGUGAACUGCUACAGCUCUGGCAUCAUCUGCAGGAAGUUUAUUUCCAUCAACGUCGGGAACUCACUCAUCAUCUUUGACGAUGACUCGGGGAAUCCUAGUCCCGAGAGCUUCCUGGAUGAGAAGCAGGAGGUCCACACCUGGCGAGCAGGAUUCUUCACGCUGGUGCAUUUCCCACGGGAGCACAUCACCCUCCUGUGGGACCAGAGAACCACAGUGCACAUCCAAGCCGGGCCUCAGUGGCAGGGCCAGUUGGCAGGCCUGUGUGGAAACUUCGACUUAAAAACCAUCAAUGAGAUGCGUACCCCGGAGAACCUAGAGUUAACGAACCCCCAGGAGUUUGGCAGCAGUUGGGCUGCAGUUGAGUGCCCAGAAACUCUGGACCCCAGGGACACAUGUGUCCUGAAUCCUCUCCGAGAGCCAUUUGCCAGAAAGGAGUGUGGCAUCCUCCUCAGCUCCGUGUUUGAGACCUGCCACCCUGUGGUUGAUGUCACUUGGUUUUACUCAAACUGCCUGACUGACACAUGCGGAUGCAGCCGGGGUGGUGACUGUGAGUGCUUCUGUGCCAGCGUGUCUGCCUAUGCCCACCAGUGCUGCCAGCAUGGGGUAGCUGUGGACUGGAGGACCCCCCGCCUCUGCCCAUAUGACUGUGACUUCUUUAACAAAGCACUGGGUAAAGGCCCCUAUCAGCUGUCCAGCAUGGUGGCAGGUGGUGCCCUGGUGGUCGUGAAGGUACUGGGUGAUGGCCUAGCCCUAGUGAGGGCAAAGGAUGUGGCUCCAGGAGACAUUGUGAACUUCCUGCUGACAGCUGCUCUGUACAAGGCCAAGGUCCACGACCCGGAUGUGGUAUCCCUGGAAGCAGCAGACAGACCCAACUUCUUCCUCCAUGUCACAGCCAACGGGUCUUUGGAGCUGGCUAAGUGGCAGGGCAGUGAAAGCUUCCACCGCCAUGCCUCCUUCUCGGUGCAUCGGGGGACGUGGCAGGCAGGCCUAGUGGCACUGGAGUCCCUGGCAAAGCCUGGCUUUUUCUUCCAUGUGUCUGGUCUGGGACUGGCUCUGCGGCUGUAUGAGCACACCGACGCCUUCCGCCAGGGCACACUCUUCCAUCUUCUGGAUGCCAAGCCCUCAGGAGCUGCCUAUCCUAUCUGUGAGUGGCGCUACGAUGCCUGUGCCAGCCCCUGCUUCCAAACCUGCAGGGACCCACGGGCAGCCAGCUGUCAGGAUGUGCCCAGGGUAGAAGGUUGUAUCCCUGUGUGUCCUGCUCCCAAGGUCCUAGAUGAAGUCACCCAGAGAUGUGUCUAUCUGCAGGACUGUGUAGAGCCAAUGGUCUGGGUCCCCACAGAGGCGCUUGGCAAUGAGACCUUGACACCCAGCCAAGUCCUGCCCACGCUCAGCGACAAACAGCUGCAGCCUCCACUGGACACAACCAGGACCCCCACCCACAGGCCGGCCUUCACCCCAACAGCCCCCUUUACCUCAGCCUCAAACCCACCAAUGGCAGCCACCAAAGGGUCAAUGACGACCUCAGGUCCCACCAAGCCUGCCCUGCAGCAUCCGAUAGGGUUCACUGUAUCCAACCUCCCCGCCCACCCCACAGAGGCCACUGGCAGCAAGGGAGUGACCACCAGCCUUUUGGCAACUUCUCACCCCCUGGAAUCCUCAACCCACCCUGUGUCAAUGCAGACACCCACGCCUGGCAUGUUAUCAGGUGCCACAGAGACGACCAAGGUGACCCUGGCCUUUGCAGGGAGCGGCAACAUCACAGUUUCCUCCCGAUCAUCCCCUGUAGCUCGCUUCCCAUUGGUGACCAAAGCUGUGACAGUCACAGCGCGUGGCUCUUUGCCUGUUAGGACAACAACACUCCUGCAGCCCUCUUUGCCGGCAAGUCCCUCCUCCAAGCCCGUGGCUACCCCUGGAGUUACCCCCAGAUCUGCCACCUCCUUGAGGGCCCACAAAUCCCUGCUGACAUCUGCAGGAACUACAUCUAUGAACAAGACGGGGAUGCCCCAGCCCACCCAGGCCCGGAGGCUUUCAAGUCCCAGCAGCCCUCUGGCCAUGGCGAGUGCGGCUGCAGCGUGGGCUCCCAUCAGCCCCCUUGCCACCAAGGGCAUGGAGGCGUUGUCAUCCACAGAGAAGGGAGAGCCUGGGCACAGCCAUCCCAUGGGAAUGCCAGUAUCCUCACGUCCAAGUCCAGUCCCCACUGCCCCGACCCAUCCAGCCCGACGUACCACUGUAGCCAUAAGGCCUCCAACUCUGCUCCCAAGGACCUCGGCUGCCACCAGCCUGUCCACAGUUGCUCAUGGCUUGGGGGCAACAGCUUUAGUGUCUCUGGAGUCAGCUCAGCCCUCCCAGCUCCUCUCUGGCCUGCAUCCUGAUACUAGCCUGCCCCUGGCUAAGACGGGCACAUCUGCUCCUGUGGCCACGCUUGGUUCCAAAGGCUCUGUUCUCACUCCCCCACAUCAGCCUCAGGCCACAUCGCUGGUGGUGGCCACAAUUCCACCUGCUCAGACACUCAGCCCAGCAGUGCCUCUCACCCCAGCUGUGGUAGCCCAGGUGCAUCCACCCAGCCACAUGACCCCCCAGGUAACAGGCACAGCACCAAGCCUCCUUUUGGGAACCACACUGCCAACUUCUGGAGUCACGGCCAUGCCUGCAGGGGCAGCCCCCACAGUAUCUGUUGCCCCACGAAAGAGCACCACCCAGAAAAUGGCCAUUCUUUCUAAGCAAGUAUCCCUGCCCACCUCCCUUUAUAGUUCUGUCCCAGACAGAUCCACAGAGCUCACACCUACUGUGCGCCACACUGCUGCCCCCCUGGUGACGAAAGCUGAGGGCCCUCGGGCUGGCACUGUGCCGGUGGUGCCUACAUCCUACCCCUUGAGCCACGCCUCAGCCAGGACGGCCUCCCGGGAGAGCUCUCUAGUUCUGCAGCCUCAGCUGGGACUGCAUGGGACCCCAGCAGGACCCCAGCCCCCAGCAGAGCCAAUGGGUGAAGCCACCACUGAGCAGUCGGGACGCUCAGCUCCAGCCCAGGGCAUCACACAAGGGUCGGCUGAGGCCUUUGCAACUUCCAUGGAAGCGAAUGCAUCUGCCAGCUGUGUUCCCAUUGCUGAGCAGGACUGCGUCCGCCAUAUUUGUUUAGAAGGCCAGCUGAUCCGUGUGAACCAAUCCCAGCACUGUCCUCAGAGUGCUGCACGCCCUCAUUGUGGGGUCCUAGGCCUUGCUGUUCGGGUGGGUGGAGAUCGCUGUUGUCCCAUCUGGGAGUGUGCCUGCCGAUGCUCAAUCUUUCCUGACCUGAGCUUUGUGACCUUUGAUGGAAGCCAUGUGGCCCUGUUCAAGGAGGGCAUCUAUAUCCUCAGCCAGAGAGCAGAUGAAAUGAUCACUGUCCAUGUCCUUGACUGCAAAAGUGCCAACUUGUUGGACAGACAGACAGAUGGACAAGCUAUGCUCACACUGAACUCCCUAUCCCUCAAGGUGACGGUGGAUUCACAGGCUGUGUGGCCUCCUGUAAGCAGGUAUGGGUUCAGAAUUGAGGAUACAGGCCACAUGUAUAUAGCCCGGACACCCUCAGACAUCCAGAUCCAGUGGCUCCACAGCUCAGGACUCAUGAUCCUGGAGGCCAGCAAAGCCAGCAAAGGCCAGGGCCGUGGCCUAUGUGGUAUUUGUGAUGGAGAUGCGGCCAAUGACCUCACCUUAAAGGACGGCUCUGUGGUGGGUGGGGCUGAGGCCGAGGACCCUGCUCCAUUUUUGGACAGCUGGCAAGUGCCCAGUUCCUUAACUUCAGAGGGCCAGACCCGCUUCCGCCCAGACAGCUGUGCCACGGCUGACUGCUCUCCUUGCCUGCGCAUGGUGUCCAACCACACGUUCAGUGCCUGCCACCGCUUUAUCCCCCCAGAGUCAUUCUGUGAGCUGUGGAUCCGGGACACCAAGUACGUGCAGCAGCCUUGUGUGGCACUGACUGUAUACGUGGCCAUGUGCCACAAGUUCCACGUGUGUAUUGAGUGGCGGCGUUCCGACUAUUGCCCCUUCCUGUGCUCCAGUGACUCCACCUACCAGGCAUGUGUGGCAGCCUGCGAGCCCCCUGAGACGUGCCAGGAUGGGCUUCUGGGCCCACUAGAUGCUGAGCAGUGCCAGGUACUGGGAGAGGCCUGUGUGUGCUCUGAGGGCACCAUCCUGCACCGGCGACAUUCUGCACUCUGCAUCCCUGAGGACAAGUGUGCCUGCACCGACAGUGCAGGAGUGCCCAGGGCAUUGGGGGAGACCUGGAACAGCUCCCUCAGUGGGUGCUGCCAGCACCAGUGCCAAGCCCCAGACACCAUCGUCCCUGUGGAUCUGGAUUGCCCGGGGCCCCGGCCUGAAAGCUGCCCACGCUUUGGGGAGGUUAUCUUGCUCCUGCCUACCGAGGACCCCUGCUGCCUGGGGUCUGUCUGUGUGUGCAACCAGACUCUGUGUGAAGGGCUUGCCCCUACCUGCCGCCCAGGGUACCGCCUCCUCACCCACUUUCAGGAGGACUCCUGCUGCCCCAGUUACAGCUGUGAAUGUGACCCGGAUCUGUGCGAGGCAGAACUGAUUCCCAGUUGCCGUGAAGACCAGAUCUUGAUCUCAGGCCGCCUGGGGGACUCAUGCUGUACUUCCUACUUCUGUGCCUGUGGUGAUUGUCCGGAUCCCAUCCCAGACUGCCAGGAAGGGGAGGCGCUCACUGUGCACAGGAACACCACGGACCUCUGCUGCCCUCUGUACCAGUGUGUGUGUGAGAGCUUUCGUUGCCCCCAAGUUCAGUGUGGCAUGGGCACUGCCCUGGUGGAGGUAUGGAGCCCAGAUCGCUGCUGUCCCUACAAGUCCUGUGAGUGUGACUGCGAUACAAUUCCUGUGCCUCGGUGCCAUCUGUGGGAGAAGUCCCAGCUGGACGAGGAGUUCAUACACAGCGUGGAGAAUGUGUGUGGCUGUGCCAAGUACGAGUGUGUAAAAGCACCCGUGUGUCUGAGCCGCGAGCUGGGGGUGAUGCAGCCUGGCCAGACGGUGGUAGAGCUUUCAGCAGAUGGUGUGUGCCACACCUCUCGCUGUACAGACGUGCUGGACCCCCUCACCAGCUUCUACCAGAUCAACACUACUUCUGUGCUCUGUGACGUUCACUGUGAGGCGAAUCAGGAAUAUGAGCACCCACGGGACCUGGCAGCCUGCUGCGGCUCCUGCAGGAACGUCUCCUGCCUCUUUACUUUCCCCAACGGCACCACCUCCCUGUUCUUGCCCGGGACGUCCUGGAUUGCAGACUGCGCCCGCCACCACUGUGGCAGCACCCCCCUGGGUGCUGUGCUUGUUCGCUCGCCCAUCAGCUGCCCACCAUUCAAUGAGACAGAGUGCGCCAAGGUCGGGGGCUCUGUUGUACCUUCCCUGGAAGGAUGCUGCAGGACAUGUAAAGAAGAUGGACGCUCCUGCAAGAAGGUGACCAUUCGCAUGACCAUCCGCAAGAACGAAUGCCGGAGCAACACUCCUGUGAAUCUAGUAUCCUGUGAUGGAAGAUGCCCAUCCGCCAGCAUCUACAACCAUAACAUCAAUACCUAUGCUCGUUUCUGCAAGUGCUGCCGUGAGGUGGGGCUGCAGCGGCGCUCUGUGCAACUCUUUUGUGCCACCAAUGCCACCUGGGUGCCCUAUACAGUGCAGGAGCCCACUGACUGUGCCUGCCAGUGGUCCUGAGGCCUGGGUGCCAGCACCUGCUGGGCCACUCAUCCCCACUACUGGCACAUUCCUCUUCUAGCUGGCCCAGGAAGGGUGGUGGACACGGAAUAGGCUCCACUCACCCAUCCCACCUCCCCCUCUUCCCCAUGGGAAGUGCCACAA